UCGCGAGUGACGCCGGGCACCGUCCGCAGCAGCCCGAGGCGGGGACGCUGCUCACCCAGGCUGAGGCCGGGCCCACUGUUGAGACCAAAUCCCACUACGUUUUAUGUCGUGGUUUUGCAUAGGCUGAAAUUUUGCGAUUGGGUUAAACUCGGGACCUCCGCGAAGAGGACCCACUUUUUUUUCUUUCCAAAAUGGCAGCCUCCAGCCGCGCACAAGUGUUAGACCUGUACCGAGCGAUGCUGAGAGAGUGCAAGCACUUCAGCGCCUACAAUUACAGAACUUAUGCUAUCAGGAGGAUAAGAGAUGCCUUCAGAGAAAAUAAGAGUGCAAAAGAUCCUGUAGAAAUUCAGACUCUAGUGAGCAAAGCCAAAAGAGACCUGGGAAUGAUUCGCCGACAGGUCCACAUUGGCCAACUGUAUUCGACUGACAAGCUUAUCAUUGAGAAUCAAGAGAAGCUCAAAACCUAAAGACCACCACCGGCAGCCACCGGCAGCAACUGUGGACACUUUCAGCAUCCACACUGCUUGGGAUGGGGGCUCCCAACGGACCAUGAGUGGCGUAUUGCAUCAGCUUAAAAUAAUAACCCCCUGCUCAGCCUGCCCUGUAGGAACUGAUCACUUGAGUGAGGUUUCCAUUCUUCUGCAGCCCCUGUGAAAAGGGGGCUGUCUCUCCUUGGUUCAAGUGUUAGAAUGAAGAGCUGGUGCUCACUCAGAAUAAUGGUGUGUAUUAUUGUCUCCUCUCCACCCGCCCCUCUUUAGUAGCUCAUCGCCACUUGUACAGAACGUCUCCAGACUUUGUUUCUUAGCCCUUAACAAUAAACAGAGUUGUCUCCCUAAACUAUACCAGACACACUCCUCCUGAUCCAUGCACUUGGGUUUCCUGCUGCAGGCCCAGCAAGGGGCAAAGGAGUGACCAGGAGGCAGGCUCCACUCUGAGACCAGUCCUCCCUUUGUGAAAGCAAGCCCAGGCACCGGAAGAGUUUUGGGGAGCAGCAGGGAGGAGGGCAGGGCCUGAGGGGCAGUGAGUGCACCCUGUAGUUGAUACCUAGGCCCAAGGCAACCACAGGGAUGGCAGGCAGAUGGAUACACACCUAGAGGCAGGGUACUCCACCCCCUGGCUGCCCAGAGAGGUCUGAGGAUCAGUACCACCUGGGAGCUGCACCCCAAACCUUUUGAAUCAAAAUAGUCCACUUAACACUGGAGGUCCCUGUAGCGCCCCUGAAGUUCAGGAAGUGCUGCUGGCCUCCCGAGUUCACCCGUGGAGUUGGAACCAUCUGCAGAUUAUGAGAGUUUUUGAAAAGAAAUCUCUCGGUGCUUACCUCCCCUUGGAGUCUGACUUAGUAAGAGGUGGAGCACAGUCAUUUAUAUGUACAGUUGUUUUUUAGCUCUCCUGGUGUUUUUAAUGUUUAGCCAGCUCGGGAAAUUCUGCUGUUUGAGUAUGUUACAGGUAAAAAAAAAAAAAAAUUGUAUGGAUUUAUCCAUGGAAAUACAUCCGUUCAAAACAUGGGAAGAAGAUAUUAAA